UAAGGUCUCGGGCUGUCCCUCGGGGGCCAGUCUGUUUCGGCAGCACUUUCGGGGAUUAUAAAUCCUUGUCUCCCUCUCACUAUAUCUCCGAUCCAGCAUCGCAGAGGAGUGCGUGGACUGAAGGCGCUGCUCUGAUCCUAAAUCACCAUGUGUGACGACGAGGAAGCCACUGCCUUGGUGUGUGACAAUGGCUCCGGUCUGGUGAAGGCUGGAUUCGCUGGAGAUGAUGCCCCUCGAGCUGUCUUUCCCUCCAUCGUUGGUCGCCCACGCCACCAGGGUGUCAUGGUAGGUAUGGGUCAGAAGGAUUCCUAUGUUGGUGAUGAGGCCCAAAGCAAAAGAGGUAUCUUGACCCUGAAAUAUCCCAUUGAGCAUGGUAUCAUCACUAACUGGGAUGAUAUGGAGAAGAUCUGGCACCACACCUUCUACAAUGAACUCCGUGUAGCACCUGAAGAACAUCCAACACUUCUUACUGAAGCUCCUCUAAACCCCAAGGCUAACCGUGAGAAAAUGACCCAAAUUAUGUUUGAGACCUUCAAUGUCCCAGCCAUGUACGUUGCUAUCCAGGCUGUGCUAUCCCUGUAUGCCUCUGGUCGUACAACAGGUAUUGUCCUGGACUCUGGAGAUGGAGUCACUCACAAUGUUCCAAUCUAUGAGGGUUAUGCUCUGCCUCAUGCCAUCAUGCGUCUGGAUCUAGCUGGCAGGGAUCUCACUGACUACCUCAUGAAGAUCCUUACUGAACGUGGUUAUUCCUUUGUGACAACAGCUGAACGUGAGAUUGUCCGUGACAUCAAGGAAAAGUUAUGCUAUGUUGCCCUGGAUUUUGAGAAUGAAAUGGCCACUGCAGCUUCUUCAUCUUCGCUGGAAAAGAGCUAUGAAUUGCCUGAUGGUCAGGUCAUCACCAUUGGUAAUGAGCGUUUCCGUUGUCCUGAGACCCUCUUCCAACCAUCUUUCAUUGGAAUGGAAUCUGCUGGGAUUCAUGAAACUACAUAUAACAGCAUCAUGAAGUGUGAUAUUGACAUCCGUAAGGAUCUAUAUGCCAACAAUGUCUUGUCUGGUGGUACCACCAUGUACCCAGGCAUUGCUGAUCGUAUGCAAAAGGAAAUCACUGCUCUGGCCCCCAGCACCAUGAAGAUUAAGAUCAUUGCCCCACCUGAGCGUAAAUACUCUGUCUGGAUUGGAGGCUCCAUUCUGGCAUCUCUAUCCACCUUCCAGCAGAUGUGGAUCAGCAAGCAGGAGUACGAUGAAGCAGGCCCAUCCAUCGUCCAUCGCAAAUGCUUUUAAACAUCAUGACAUCAACUUACUUUGAACUCAGGUUGACAAGGUUGUGCCUCUGGUUACUUUGAAUCAACAGGCCAUCAGGAAAUACAAAAUAGUUCCAAAACUAUUUUCAUUGUACAGUUUGUUUACAUGUGCAAUUUAUUUGUGACAAUAAUAUUUAUUGAUCUAUGAAUAAAACAAGACUGGACUUGCAA